AGGAAUCCCAACAUCUAACGGAUAUAUAGUGAACGUCUCAGCGGUACCAGGGCCACCCAGGAAGUCUCAUCCUUAUUCUGGACAUGAGGGUCUGACAAGACUUAAGAAAUGUAGCUGAGUGAAGCCGGCGGUCGACAAGAGAACUGGAAAGCCAGCGGGGGUCAGCACGCGUCUCCGCUCCGCAGAAUGUAUCUCCGUAUUCUUCUGCUGGCUUUUCUGACUGGACGCUGCACCUCAGAAGUUAUACCUGCCAUAUGUCGGUAUGCUCUGGGCAUGCAUGACCGAACGAUACGUGAUGAGGACAUCACUGCUUCUAGCCAAUGGUAUCAGUCAACGGGGCCCCAGUUUGCAAGACUACAAAGAGAAGAAGGUGACGGAGCCUGGUGCCCGGCGGGGCUCCUGCAGCCUGAGGACGUGCAGUACUUACAGAUACAUCUACACAAACUCUUCUUCAUCACCUUGAUUGGAACUCAAGGUCGUCAUGCCCGAGCUACGGGGAAGGAGUUCGCCAGAUCUUACCGGGUGGACUACAGCCGCAACGGAGAGCGGUGGCUUUCAUGGAAGGACCACCAAGGGCAACAGGUUAUUAAAGGCAAUAUAGACGAGUUUGACGUGGUCCUGACCGACCUGAGACCUCCAAUUAUUGCAAGUCAUAUCCGAGUCAUCCCCGUCACUAAGGUCCCCAUGACGGUGUGUAUGAGAGUGGAGCUGUACGGCUGUGCAUGGCUAGAUGGUCUGAAAUCCUACAGCAUUCCAGAAGGAGAGACCUUUAUGGCUCCCGGACAUCCCGUCGCAUACCUGAAUGACUCCACCUAUGACGGCUACCUAGAGAAGAGGAGGCUGUUUGAUGGUUUGGGUCAACUGACAGAUGGAGUGCUUGGAUUGGACGACUUUACUCAGAGCCACCAGUAUCGUGUUUGGCCUGGUUACGAUUACGUCGGCUGGAAAAAUGAAAGCACACGCGACGGUUAUGUGGAGAUAGAGUUCCAGUUUGAUGGACCCAGAAACUUUACAUUUAUGAAGGUCCACUGUAAUAAUAUGUUCACCAAGGGGGUGAAGAUUUUCCAGAGGGCCGAGUGCUUCUUUAAAUCUCGACAACAGUCUGACUGGGAGCCGGACUCAGUGGGGGUGGUGACUGUUCUAGAUGACAAGAACCCCAGUUCUAGAUUUGUCAUGAUCCCUUUACAACAGAGAGUCGGGAGCUUUAUCCUCUGCAAGUUCUACUUUGCGGACACGUGGAUGAUGUUCAGUGAAAUCUCCUUCCAGUCAAACAUGCAUUUUGAAGUGCCUGCCAUUGUUACGCUUCCUCCAACUACUGUCAAGGCUGCUACCACUGAGAUCCCUAUGCUGAACGCUACUGAGAGGAACUCUGAAACUACUUUCCCAUUCACCAUCAGCAGACCACUGGACAAACCGAAUGAGCCAAAAACCUCUGUUCUGAUUGGCUGUUUGGUGGCCAUAAUCCUUCUACUGCUCAUUAUCAUAGUCCUAAUCCUGUGGAAACAAUAUAUACAAAAGAGACUAGAGAAGGCUCCACGUCGAAUCUUGGAAGAAGACGCCACUGUACGAUUGUCCUUCUACAGUUAUACUAUUGGCAACAACCAGACACAGAUCCAUCAGUCCAACCCCACUUAUGAGAGAAUCUUUCCUCUUGAUCUUGACUAUCAACAGCCAACCAAACCACUACGCAAACUACCUGAACUGUCCCAGAGUGCCGAGGAUUCAGUGUGCAGUGGUGACUAUGCAGAACCUGAUCUGACCAAGUCCACCCCACAUCAAGGCUUCCAGAACAGUGUCCCUCAUUAUGCAGAAACUGACAUCGUUAACCUUCAGGGAGUGACCGGGAAUAAUAUGUACGCUGUGCCGGCCCUCACUGUGGACUCACUCACGAAGAAGGACAUCAGCGUAGGAGAGUUUCCACGCAACCAACUACGGCUCAAGGAAAAACUGGGAGAAGGACAGUUUGGAGAGGUUCAUCUGUGUGAGGUGGAAGGGCUUCAAGACUUCCUGGAGAUGUCCUCAAGUGACUGCAGCAACCAACCAGUUCUAGUGGCGGUGAAGAUGCUGAGAGCCAACGUCACCAAAACCGCCAGAAAUGAUUUUCUGAAAGAGAUAAAGAUAAUCUCCAGGCUCAAGCACCCGAAUAUCAUCCGCCUGCUGGGCGUCUGCGUCCGGGAUGACCCCCUCUGUAUGAUAACGGAAUACAUGGAGAAUGGAGAUCUUAACCAGUUCCUGUCCCAGAGGGAGAUCCGCAGCCAGUUCACCACUGCCAAUAAUAUUCCGUCUGUAAGCCUCCACAACCUCCUGUACAUGAGCACGCAGAUCGCUGCCGGGAUGAAGUACUUGGCCUCCCUGAACUUUGUACACAGAGAUUUGGCCACGAGAAACUGCCUGGUGGGGAACAGUCACACGAUUAAGAUAGCAGAUUUCGGAAUGAGCCGGAAUUUAUACAGCGGAGAUUAUUACCGUAUCCAGGGGCGCGCGGUGCUGCCGAUCCGGUGGAUGGCCUGGGAGAGUAUCCUAUUAGGAAAGUUCACCACUUCCAGUGACGUGUGGGCGUUCGGGAUCACCUUAUGGGAGAUCUUCACCCUCUGUAAGGAGCAACCGUACAGCGUCCUGUCAGAUGAGCAGGUGAUCGAAAAUACUGGGGAGUUCUUCAGGGACCAAGGACGACAGAUCUAUCUCUCUCAGACACCUCUCUGCCCAAGUCCUAUCUUCGACCUGAUGAUGAAAUGCUGGAGCAGAGACAUCAAAGAUCGACCCACGUUUGAGACCAUCCACCAAUUCCUGAUAGAACAACUGGACUCCAUUGUGUAAUCUGUGUACAAGGAACACUCCGAGAAACACUUGACCCUGAAGAGGCAAGCUCUUGUCGUAACCGACUCAUCUGGAGCUAUACUGGACGUGGCCUUUAGUUAUCUAGAUGUAGAUUGUAGAAGGACCAAGAGAUAAUGUUAUCCUGAGGCGCUGGUAGACUUCCUGGGACCCCACCGGAACCCUCAGUCUCUAAAA